AUCUGUUUGCAAAAAUUUACGAAUAAACAAAACAAUUGUGUCACAACUACGUCAACAUGGACUCCGGGCAGACGUUAGCGGCUGAUAAUAAAGGGGAAAAUGUUGCAGAGGCAACGCACAAACCGAAGACAGACUCGGAACCAACAAGCCAAAACAAAGACUAUGCAGACGACGUGGACACAGCGUCUGCAUUAGAGAGCGAGCUUCAGGAGCAGCUGGAAGACGGUAACAAAGUACAAAGUGAGAACAAUACAAAGCAGGAGGCAGAAGUACCCACAAUCGAGGCAACAGCGGCAGUAUCUAGCUUGGCUGAUGGUAUUAAAGCAGCUGUGCUUACGCAGAUGGCUCUGCCAAAUUCGAAGGAUCACGAUCCGUCCAUCAACAGCGUUGCUGUUUCUGUAGGAGUUGAAGGAGCAGCUCAGCCCAAACCGUUGGCCGUAUCCAUGCCAACCACACCAUCCAUGCCAGCCAUGCGCUUUCAGCUGUUGCAAGAGCAGGAGGCACAGGAUCGCAGCAAGACACAAAACGAUAUACUUUCGCAUGUACACUGCCUGGCACAGUUGGAGGAGCAGCGACGUAACUAUGAGCUGCAGCUGGAGCAAUUGCGCACAGCCAAUGCGCAGAAGGACAAUAUGAUGACACUUUAUCAGCGGGAGAAUGCUAUUCUGGAGAAAGAGAAACUGGCAUUUCGCAAGGAAAUGGAUAUGGCUAACAAGGAGAAGGAGGCCACUGUUAUCAAGUUUGCCAUGAAAGAGAAACUGCUUAUCGAUGCUAAGAAAGACAAGGAGGCUGUGGAAAAACAGCUGGCCGAUGCCAAAAAGGAGGUGAAAAAUGUGUCCAUGCGCUUCCAAGCGGUCCAUGAAGAGAAGUCACGCAUGACAUACAUAAUCGAUGAAAAGUGUAAUGAAGUUCGGAAAUACCAGCGCGAAUGUGAAAAGCUCAAAACGGAGAUGGGUCAUUUAGAGUCCAAGCUUAAAUAUCAUGUCAAUAAGCUCAAUAUUGAAACGGAGGCCAAGGCGGUGUUGGAGCGCAAGCUGGAGGAGGAACGUAAUGCACCCAACAAGCUGGAGGAGAAGGCCAAUGAAAAACUCAAGGUGGAGUUCGAGGCCAACACAAUACUCUUGAAACAUGAAAUUACAAGUAAGACUGAAGUACUUGAAAAAUUAAGCAAGGACCAGCAGAAGCAAAGCGAAGUCAACAAGGAGUUACAGCAACAGCUUUUGGAACGCACAGCUGCGAACGAGGAACUCACAGAGGAGCUAACAAAGCUACGUGAAGAGCACAAUGCUGUAGAGGCGGCGUAUAGCGAUGAGUUGCUUAAUUCGGCCAAGCUGCGCGGCCAGCUGGAUGAACUGCAGUUGCUGCGCACACAAAAUACCAUCAAUGAGGAAAAAUUGGGAGAGUCACAAAACAGAAUCAAAGAACUGGAACUUAUAGUGCAGGACAACGAUUCGGAUCUGUCACAAUUGCGUAAAAAGGAACAGGAAUUGCUAAGCAUUAAUAUGGAAAUGAGCGAGCUUAUUGUGCGACUGCAAAAUGACAUUUGUUUGGCCGAGUCCAAGGCGCAAGGUCUGGAAGCUGAGAACAAACUGCUGAAGCAAGAGAGACUCAGGUAUGAUGGGAAAUACAGGGAGUUGGAGCAACAGCUGAGGGACGAGGCCGCACAAAAGAAUGAGGAACGUCAACUGCUGGCCAGACAUCUGUCCGAGAAGACGAAGCUGUACGAGCUGACCAAAACAAAGCUGGAAAACGUGCAAGGGGACUUUGAGGCCACACAAAAUAAGCACGCAACAGUGGUGAGGGAGCUGCAGCGUGAAUUACAAAAGUACAAGAAGGGAACUAACGAUGUGAAGGGAAUGCCUGCGAGUUAUUGCAGCAGCUGCCACCAGGCUGUCAAUGGCCAUUCCUCUGAGCUUCGGCGUACGUACAGCCGCACCAGUAGCCAUGGAAGUGCACAAAGCGGCAGCCGACGUGCAAGCGAGUCGUCCGAAUCUGAAGCGGCUGCGAGUAGCGUGACAGCUGUUCCUCACUCGCACUCACAAGUGGACAUGCAGGCGGUGCCGUCCAAGAAGGUGUUGGUGGAACGCAUUCUGCGACUGCAGCAGGCCACGGCCAGGCAAACAGAGCGCAUUGAAUUUCUGGAGAAUCACACGGCGGCACUGGUGGCUGAGGUGCAGAAGAAAUCGAAGGUGGUGCAGCACUAUAUGCUGCGUGAUCAGACCGCUGGCGCUCUCACCUCUUCCAAAAGCGAUCAGAAUAAAAGCGAUCUCGUCAAAUACGGCAAUGGGAUAAUGGCGGCCAUUUAUGGUGGCGUCAAGGGUGGUGAGCAUAAAGGCAUGACACUGGAAUUGUCAACUGAGAUUAACAAAAAGCUGCAGACAGUGCUGGAGGACACGCUGCUUAAGAACAUAACGCUCAAAGAGAACCUUGAUGUCUUGGGCCUGGAGGUGGACAAUCUGACGCGCAAGUUGCGCGCCUUCGAAUCCAUGAAAGGGCACUGACAACAUUUUCCGACAUUUUCGCCAUAGAGCCUCAGUUUAAAUAUCCAACUUUUUAGGGUUAAAUGUAAAGUAUUUCGUAGUGUAUAUACAUAUAUAUAUAUAUAGGUAAGAAAAAUCCGUUGUGUUUAAGGUGAAUCAUGUAUUUGUGUAUUACUUGUAUAUUAAAACAUCAAUAUGUUAACAAGG